AUGAACGAUGCCGGUGUUUCCCAAUCAUUUGUAUUUGUUUCCUACGGCAGUCAACACAAACUAUCACCCGAAACUUCUUCCACUCCGUCACCGGAUGACGAACAAGGGAUAGAGAGUGCCAUAUUCGAGGAGGAGUUGCAACGCAAGUGUCUUUUGCAGCUAGAAUUGCUCGAAAAUCAGCUUGCUGGGUUUGCCAAGUUCAAUCAAGCGAAUGGCAAAAUAAAACACAAUGUGCGUCAGAAGGCAGAGGGAAAAAAGCAGUUGAAAACCAUAGAAAACCUGAAACGAGCGGACGAUGUCACCAACAACAACGAUGUAGACGGAAAAAAAUUCACGGAAUCGCCAUCAUUCAUUACGGGAACGAUGCGCGACUACCAGGUGGACGGUUUGAAUUGGUUGAUUGCCAUGCACAACAAUAAUCUGAACGGCAUACUGGCCGACGAGAUGGGACUUGGCAAAACGAUACAGUCCAUUUCCAUGAUCGGCUAUCUAAUCAAUGUCUGCAAUCUGAAGGGACCAUUUCUGGUUGUGGCACCGCUUUCAACGCUUUUCAACUGGAUGCAAGAGUUUGCGCGUUUCCUACCAUCCGCCAAAGUGUUGCAUGCACAUGCAAUCGGCAAGCAAAAAAAACCGAUCUUGGCUAAACUGGCCGAUCCGAAAUGUUCGUGGAAUGUGGCCGUCACUUCUUACGAAUUCAUCAACCAGUACAGUUUAAUAUUCAAACGCAUUAACUUCCACUAUGCCAUAAUCGAUGAAGCGCAUCGGGCGAAGAAUGAACUAACGUUAAGUGCUAAGCUGCUGCGAAACUGCAAAAUCAAGAGUAUGGUACUGUUGACCGGUACACCGAUACACAACAAUCUGCACGAACUGUGGGCACUGCUGAAUCUGCUGUUGCCAACGUUCUUCAACAAUGCGGACAACUUUCAUGCCUGGUUCACGGAGAAGGACUGCAUCGAUCCUGCAAAUCAGCAAACGAUCCGGUUGAAGAAUUUGCUCAAAUUUUUGAUGUUACGCCGCACCAAGCUAGACGUGGCUGCUUCCUGCAUUCCGCCGAAGGUGCACAUCGACAUUUACCUGCCACCGACGGAGCAGAUGUGCCUGUGGACGCAUAAAGUAUUGAACCGGGAAGUGCAGACGAUGGGCGGGGAUGGACAGAUGAAGCCGUACAAUAUAUCGAAUUCAAUGAUACACAUGCGAAAGGUGAUUCAACAUCCAUUCCUGAUACCGGGCGCGGAGAACUCCCAAACGAACUUCGUUACAGAUGAGAUCGUGAAUUGCAGCUCGAAAAUGAUACUGCUAGACAAGCUGCUGGUGCGGUUGCGGGCACGCGGUUCCAAAGUGCUAAUAUUCAGCCAAUACUCGAUGGUGCUGGAUAUACUGAUUGAUUAUUGCGAUUGGCGCGAGUACGAGCACUGUGUGUUGCGGGGAGAAAAUGACAACCAAGAUCGCCAGAAGCAGAUGAACGAGUUUAAUCGGCCCGGUUCGUCUAAGUUUGUUUUCCUGUUGACGACCCGGGCCGGCGGUGUGGGCAUCAAUUUGAUGGCGGCAGAUACAGUCAUCUUUUACGACAUGGAUUUUAAUCCACAGAUGGACUUUCAGGCGGAGGACCGUGCUCAUCGGAUUGGGCAGGUGAGAAAGGUGCACGUGUUUCGGUUCCUUGUUCGGGGCAGUAUUGAUGAGCUGCUGUACCAUCAUUCCUCGCGCAAACGACUGCUGGACGAGUCGGUAAUACGCGCCAAGACCGCAGGCCCGGACAGCCAUUUGUUUAAAGCUGCGUACGAGUAUCAGCGUAAAUCACUGAUGACUGAAGGGCUGGUUGAUCCAGUGGCGAUCGACGAAAAGCUGGACGAGCUGUUGCGUGCGAUGGGUCCGCUGGAUGGGCCUUAUACCAAGCAUUCCGGUUUGCAGGAAGAUUGUAAGAUAGUGAUACCGGGCGUACCAUGCGAUUUGCAGCUAGACUCAUUCCUGACCCGGAGUCAGCUAAAAAAUAAGCGAAAGCAGGAGGAGAUUGUCAGUCCUCUGCCGACAAAACGCCUGCGACGCUCCUUUAUAGUACAACAAUUUUAG